CUGGUAGAGCCACGACUGAGCGUCCCUGAGGCGUGGCUGAUUUCGCAACAAGAAAGCUUCGCAUCCCAGAGAUCUUUUCUAUUUUGCGACUGUUCAUGAAGACAUCUCCGGCUGAAUGUUGGAUGGAGCAGCAGGGACAGCCAGAUAUACCAAAGGUGUAGAUUGUGUGCCACAGAUAAAGUCUCUGCCAAGGCAACCAAGCCAGGCAUCUCUUCUCUACUUCUCCAUGGCAGCCUCCCCUUUCGCACCAUCACCUCAUUUCUUGAUGCUGGUUUGAUUGAUCAUUUCAUUCCAAUACCGUAGUAGGUACCGGUACCAUGAAUAAACCACCCAACUUUACCACUCGAGACAGAACGGCGCUGAAUUUUGGAGUCCAUUUCUUAUCCUUUCGAGAGAUUCUGGCCAUGAAGGGUCCAUUUUGUACGCGGCAAGAGCGUGAGCAAAAGGCCAUGGCACCAAUGCGACCUUUUUCGUCCGCGAAUCAGAAGGAGAGACCCAUUCUCCUCUUGUUUUGCUCUCAUGUUUGGGAAACACCGCAUCAUCCAGAUCCAGAUAAAUCACAACUGAAUUGCUUGAAAUAUUUCAUCCAAGCGCUUUGCUCGCUGUAUACCACUAUUAGUGACAACCCCACCACCGUCGAUGGUUUCGAGGCCAUGGCCCGCGAAGCAGAGAAUCUAUCUCGGCAUGGUUGGAUUCAAGCAGCCCUGCUCUUGGGAGAUAUGUUAUCGACCACCAGCGGCGUGGUGGAUCUACAGUUGCACAAUGAUGCUGAACAUUUCCUGGACCGGUCCUACAUUUGGUACGACUAUGCCUGUCUCUACCAACACCCCCGUACCCCAGAACAAGAAAAGGAUUUUCGCUGGUCACUAGACAACAUGGACAAACUCACUCGCAACUGCUUCCGUACCAUUGCCGUGUUUGGUGACGAAGCAGACUAUCACAGUCGAGGAUGGUGUGUUUUCGAGGCAGCGUCGUCCUUUUUUGAUCGGUCCCGACCCAUUGUACUAAAGCCCGAUUUGAUGGGCACGGAACUGGACUUGGGCACUGGCUGGCGGCAUGGCUGGAACGAUUACGGGCUGCUUCAUUCUGCCGAUCGCAUGUCGCUCCGGAGAAGUUUGCGGGGAAUUGCGCAUACCGUACAACUGGCUCUUCGUUCCCUCGAGAACCCAGACCUGCAACUAAAGCACAGCAGACAGAUAGUCUCCUCCGGAACUCCCACGAUCCUGCCUCUGAUUGUGGAGUUGCGAGAAGGCUUCCAACGACAGCAUGCUUGGGUUGCCGAGAAUCCAUCGUCUCUAUUCGAUUUUCAAAAGGUCCUGGAGGAAAUCAAAGGGGUCAAAUGCUUCAAGGUUUCUGACAAGCCAUAUGUAAUCUUGAAGACUCUGAUCGUGUUCUUGCCAGCAUUUGACUCCCAAAUCUUUGAGGAAGCCCUGAACAGGCACUCCCAGGGAUUGCCCUUGGCCAUGCAAAUGGCUGGUACCGCUCAAACUAACUGGUUCCAUCAAGAUUACGUAUUCGUAUCUGAGGACGGACACAAUGGUCGCAUCUUUCGAUUUGGAGACUUUGGAGACCCGAGUCUCCCCGUCGUCGAUAUAACAGGACUGGCAGCUUUCCUUUCAGGCCAAACAGUCCCCGGAUUCUUAAACAGCAUUUCGCCUUGCUUCCCCAUCAACCCCGCGGAGACACCAGAUAGACCUGAUCCAUACACCAAAAGUUCCCCACCACCCAACGGCAACAAUCAACAGAAAUCCUCAUGGUCCAUCUUGGCGCUGACACGAAAGGUGUGUUGUCCUUGUCUUGCUCGUGGUCGCCAAGGACCUGAUUCAGGGUAUCAUGUUCAAGUGCCACAGAGCGAAUUAACUGCUUUGAAGAAUGACAAGAACACUGAAAGGCAACUGAUAGAAUCAUUUGUCGUGCCUUCUGGCACCAUUGCUCGAUUUGACUUCUCCACUACACCUUUAUCCAGAAUCAUUGCAGCAAUGCACGGGGAUUUGGCGGAUUCCAAGCUCUUGAAAAAGGCGAUAGAGCUGCAAUUCCUUACCGAAGAAGUGGGCAUUCAAGUUUCGGGAGUGCCACAAUCUGCACGGCGUGGGCAUGUCAUCGCUUCGGACGGAGGUGGUCUACAAGUAGCCCCGGUUGCGGGCCCAAACAAUGAACGAUUCAUCAAGGUUUGUGCCGAUCCACAUCUUUUCCAACGAAACUUUCCCGGACAAUUCAAUUCGACGCUCUCCGGCCGAGAGGCCAUUCACAUGGCCAGUCAGAUGCCAGUAGAUGGUUUGUUGAUUUGCAGUGCCGUUGCGUGGCGAUCGUUUGUAAUGCCCCAACACGAGUUUCCCAAAUACAUGGAGCUUCCAGCACCACCACCAUUGUUUACGUGCCCUGACGACUGUGAGGUGGCGGUCAUAUUCUCCCCUUUAGAUGGCAGACCUGUGGACGUACGAACAAUUGCUUCCCAGGCCAGCAAGGGCGCCGGGUCCGAGGCUCCUUCGUGCUUGGCCACGGGAGAGGUCCACUUUGAUGAAGAGACAGAAGUCUCUGCAAGUAAAAGUGGAUUCUCAGCCACUGAUCCAACACCAGGACAUGCAUUCGCCUAGCGAAGUGUCUUGCCCGAGACAGCAACAAUGCUUAAGCCGGUGAUGACAGCAAGCGCUACUAGUAGUACUGUAGAUACACCCGCGCUGUUCGUGCAUACUGAAUUAUUGAUCUGGCCACUGCAAAAGCACUCGGAAGAAUCAACACAUUGUUGCCAUCACCUAGCCCCGACUGGCUUCCGUAGAUAAUUUCCCUACUCUAAACCCCCCCGUGCUAGU